CAAAACCUCAUUGGGUUCAACUUAUAAGAGACGUGGAAAUAGCUGUGGAGGACAGUCUUUAUUGGGAAUGCAGGGCAAGUGGGAAACCCAAACCCUCCUACCGAUGGCUGAAAAAUGGAGAUGCCUUAGUACUAGAGGAGAGAAUACAGAUAGAAAAUGGUGCCCUUACAAUAUCCAACCUCAAUGUGACUGACUCUGGAAUGUUCCAAUGUAUAGCAGAAAACAAGCAUGGACUCAUUUACUCCAGUGCUGAGCUCAAAGUUGUAGCUUCUGCUCCAGAUUUUUCAAGGAACCCUAUGAAAAAAUUGGUUCAAGUGCAAGUGGGCAGCCUGGUGAUCUUGGAUUGCAAACCCAGAGCCUCUCCAAGGGCACUUUCUUUCUGGAAGAAGGGAGACACGAUGGUGCGAGAGCAGUCAAGGAUUUCCUUUUUAAAUGAUGGGGGACUCAAAAUUCUGAAUGUGACUAAGGCUGAUGCUGGAACCUACACCUGUACAGCAGAAAACCAGUUUGGGAAAGCAAAUGGCACAACACACUUGGUGGUGACAGAACCAACCAGAAUAAUUUUGGCUCCUUCUAACAUGGAUGUUGCUGUUGGUGAGAGCGUCAUUUUACCCUGCCAGGUGCAGCAUGAUCCCCUGUUGGAUAUUAUGUUUGCCUGGUAUUUCAAUGGAGCUCUUACGGACUUUAAGAAAGAUGGAUCCCACUUUGAGAAAGUUGGUGGAAGUUCAUCUGGUGAUUUAAUGAUCAGAAACAUUCAACUGAAACACAGUGGGAAGUAUGUAUGUAUGGUGCAGACCGGGGUGGACAGUGUUUCUUCGGCAGCUGAGCUCAUAGUGAGAGGUUCACCUGGACCACCAGAAAAUGUGAAGGUAGAUGAAAUUACAGACACAACAGCUCAACUCUCUUGGACAGAAGGUACAGACAGUCACAGCCCAGUUAUAUCCUAUGCAGUACAGGCUAGGACACCUUUCUCCGUGGGCUGGCAAACUGUUACAACAGUUCCUGAAGUCAUUGAUGGCAAGACACGUACAGCUACUGUUGUGGAGUUAAACCCAUGGGUGGAAUAUGAAUUUCGGGUAGUAGCCAGUAACAAAAUCGGAGGCGGAGAACCCAGUUUACCCUCAGAAAAAGUAAGGACUGAAGAGGCAGCUCCAGAAGUGGCACCUUCUGAGGUCAGCGGAGGAGGUGGAAGCCGAUCUGAACUAGUAAUAACCUGGGAUCCAGUCCCUGAAGAACUACAGAAUGGUGGAGGUUUUGGAUAUGUGGUGGCUUUCCGCCCACUUGGGGUUACCACCUGGAUCCAAACAGUGGUGACAUCCCCAGAUAACCCAAGAUACGUCUUUAGGAAUGAAAGCAUUGUGCCUUUUUCACCAUAUGAAGUUAAAGUGGGUGUUUACAAUAACAAAGGUGAAGGGCCAUUUAGCCCAGUGACAACAGUGUUCUCUGCGGAGGAAGAACCUACAGUAGCCCCAUCCCGCAUCUCUGCCCAAAGCCUGUCUUCCUCAGAAAUUGAAGUUUCGUGGAACACAAUUCCCUGGAAGUUGAGCAAUGGACAUUUACUUGGCUAUGAGGUGCGGUACUGGAACAAUGGAGGAGAAGAAGAAUCAUCCAGCAAAAUGAAAGUGGCAGGAAAUCAGACAUCAACUGUGCUCCAGGGCCUGAAGAGCAACCUAGCAUAUUACACAGCUGUCCGGGCUUACAACAGUGCAGGCGCUGGUCCCUUCAGCGCCACAGUUAAUGCAACCACCAAGAAAACCCCUCCCAGUCAGCCACCAGGAAAUGUCAUUUGGAAUGCUACAGACACUAAAGUGUUACUUAAUUGGGAGCAAGUAAAAGCAAUGGAGAAUGAAUCAGAGGUAACAGGCUACAAGGUUUUCUAUAGGACUAGCAGUCAAAAUAGUGUGCAAGUACUGAACACAAAUAAAACUUCAGCUGAGCUUUUACUGCCUAUCAAAGAGGACUACAUUAUUGAAGUUAAGGCCACCACAGAUGGAGGGGAUGGCACCAGUAGUGAGCAGAUCAGGAUUCCAAGAAUAACCAGUAUGGAUGCAAGAGGAUCCACAUCAGCCAUUUCUAACCUCCACCCUGUGUCAGGUUAUAUACCUGUCCUACUGUUCUUUAUUGUAGAUGCUCUGUGGUGAGGCGUUUUUUAUUAUAUACUGGAAAGUUAAUUGGUCACCCAAAAAAAGUGCUUUCUGAAACAGUGAUUAUGCAUGUUUUUUUCAGCUAUGUGUUUUUAAAUUUCUACUCCAUUAUAGGUAAAAUAUGAAUAUAAUAAAAACAGCAAAUCCUUUUAGAGGAAUCUGAAAUGCCUUAAUAUUUGCUUGGUAAACCAAAGGAGUUUGCAAAUUACAUACUGCAAACUUUUGAUACAAAUGUUCUUAUGUUUUAGUUUUAGUGCCUAUGUGUGAGGCACAUACAAACACAGGAUACACACAAAAAACCCCACAGGGCACACAUGAUAUGGAGAAACAAAUAAUACAUAUACAGUACAGACACACAUACACACACGCACACACACACACACACACACACACAGACACACUAACAUAAGCAGUUUUUCUAUAUUAAAGAACACUUCGUUUAUUCCAAAUAUUCUUUUCCCAUUAUUACAACAUCUCUUAUUAUUUAAAAAUUACCAAUUUGAAUCCCUCAGAGUAAAAAUACACUUAGACAGUUAUUAUGCUGGAAGGGAGUGGCCUGUGAUUCCAUUGGGUAUUGUUAGAAAAUUUUACUGUGAGCUGGGGCAAGUGACAUUUGCAUCAGUGUAUUGCUGUAUGACUAUGACAUUCCCCUAGUCACUUUGUUCUGUCAUCUCUGUUAUUCAUUAUAUGAAAUGAGGUGAUAAUAUUUCUCCCACCUGCCUUUCCUACAAGAAUUAGUUGUUAUAAAACAUAGAGGGGGAAUAUGAAAAGCAUGGUUUCCUCUCACAAGCAGUCUUCCUGUGCAGAAUCUUACAUGAACUUCCUAAAGUGACAUGCAAACCAGGCUCCUUUUUGAAGCUUGCUGGCAUUGCAUGCUCUCAGUAGGAUUAUCUGUUCCAUUGAAAGAUGAAAAUUGAAUCUGAGUGAAUAUUAUAACAUCUUUUGUUUUUGUUCAUAUUUAUAAAGGAAAAGAUGGUACCUGGAAAUGAAUACAUUUCAUCCUGUCUCAAAAUUAAGAUGAAAUUAAUUAAGGAUUCAUUCCCUUCCCAUGUAAAAAUAAGCUUUCGGGCCUUUUUAAAACCUGGUAGGGAAAAGAAGAAACAAACUGUAUCUUAACCCAAAUAUGAAACAAUAUGCCCACAAUUCUUCAUUUCCAAUUUCUGAUACCAUUAAGGGGCCCUGUCUCUGUUUAGAGGGCAGAGAUGUUUUUUUAAGGAAAUCCUACUGUCUAUCUCAUCAAGUCAGGCAGGCUUUUUCAUUGGUACCAAGUUAAAUUUGUAAUAGAACAUGGUGAUGCUGCUGGCUUUGAUACAGAUGACUCAGUCCUUCAAUAUGUGGUUUUCAAAAGAGUGUGGACGAUGUGAGUUAACAGCAAUAUGUAAAAAGAAAUAUGAAAAUCAGCAGACUGAGUGUGAGACAUUCAAAAUCAAAUUUUUACCUCUUGCCUACCAAUUUCCUAUUUUGCUACAUUGCUCAUAUUACCAAAGGUAGAAAAAUUACAAAACAAUGGGGUAGAUCCCAAGAAACACUAAAAAGUAGCCAAAUUCUGAUACCAUUUUAGUGUACCACUCUUCUUUCAGAGAUUCCAUUUAAGGCAAAGUCGAAAUGUAAAGAGGAGAAUGAUUUUUUUUUUUACAUAUCUCUAUAGGGUCUGUAUAUAUUGUACAUAUCCAGAAGAAAUCUGAAUGACUAGUUGCUUUCAUAUGACCAUUGUUAUUUCCAGUCAAAAAGUGGGGGAAGAAUUUCUCCAAUCCCUGUGCUUUACAGUCCAUGUAACAGAACUAUACCUUUUUAUUAUCUGAUGACUCCUAGAAUUUGUUCCUGUACUUUACUUUUGCAAGAUGGCAGUUCUCUUGUUUCCUGUUAUUUCUAUCAGUAUAUCUCCAUGAGAUGUAGACACUGUUUCAUAUUGAAAAGUCUAAAUUUUACUCCUUAAAUCCCCAUGUGU